AUGUUUAGGAAUUUAAUUAAAAUAGGAGGCUGUUUGGGCUUAUUGAGUACAUCAAGCAUUUUAUGUAAUCAAAUUAAAGGAAAGAAUUAAGAUGAUCAAUUACCUCAUUAUCAUUUUCUCAAUGAUAAUGAUUUACAAAAAUUGUAAAAGAAACAUUAAAAUUUGUCAAUUAUAGAUAGAAGUUAUACAGAACACAUUUUAUCAGUGAUAAGAGAUGUAUAGACUGAUAUUGUGGUAUUAAUAACAAUUAUCAAAAGGAUUUCAGAAAGAAUGCAGAUCGUUUGAUUAGAAUUUUAAUUGAAAAAGCUAUGUCUUAGAUAGAAAAAAAGAAAAAUGUUAAAUAGUCUCCCCUAGGAUAUUAUGAUGCUCAUGAAUUGAAAUUCUAAGAUGAAGAGUAUAUUUAAUAAAAUAAUUCAGAAUAUGUUUUGUGAGUAUUCUUAGAUCAGGAAAUGCAUUUUUAAUUGAAGCUUUGAAUGUGAUGAGUGGUGCAUCGAUAGGAUAAAUACUUAUUUAAAGAAUUGAGGAAACCUCUUAACCUUCAUACUUUUUCUAAAAACUGCCUAAAAAUAUUAAAGAUUAAUAAGUCAUUUUAGUUGAUCCAAUGUUAGCCACAGGAGGAAGUGCUAGUAUGGCUUUAAAAAUCUUAAAAAAUCAUGGAGUUAAAGAAGAAAAUAUAACAUUUUUAACAUUAGUUAGUUGUGAAUAAGGUUUAAGUAAACUUUUUACUGAAUAUCCUAAAAUUAAGAUUAUUACAGCUUAAGUUGAUCCUAUAUUAUUAAAAGAUAUCAAUUUUUUAGCUCCAGGAAUAGGUGACUUUGGAGAUAGGUAUUUUGGAACUGUUAAAAGAAAUUAAGUUUAAUAAUGAUUAUUACAUAAAAAAAUCAAAU